UUCAUAACAGAAAUACCAGACGGGACAGUCCCGCGAAAGCGCGAGCGAGAGAGAUGGAGAUGGCGACGCAGACCGAAAGCAGAGUGGAUCGAAGGAGAAGACUGAUGAGCAGAGAGAUGGAUCGAAUGGCUCUGAUCACCGGCCGCAUAAAAAAUCUGCCACCGUCGCCUCCGCCUUCUCCGUCUUCCCCAUCGCCAUUUCUUUACAAUCAUCAUGCUCAUACUCAUCAGCGCGGCCAUUCCCACACCGGAAUUUCCCCCUCAUUCUUCUCCAAAGACCUUCACAAGAAUCCUGAUUCCGUUCCUGUCAUCUCUCACAUCCACGGCAUCCCCAAGCCCAGAGAUGAAAAGGCAGCCACUUUACUGAAGAGUAUGUCCAGCAAUGAAGUCGUCCUAGAAGAAAAGAAAAAUGCUGUGAUUGGAGGAUACCAAAUCAAUUAUCAAAAGCUGAACCCCAUUGGAGAAGUAACCAGUCCAGUCUCAAGUCCAUCUGCCAUAUCAGUGGCUGAGAAGGCCUCCAUUUUUAAGGAACCUGCAGAGUCAAAAACACAAUUUUCAAAGCCAAAACUCUUCACUUCAAAACGAGUGAACUCCUGCAUUAUUGCUUCUCAAACCACCAGAGUUUACUGCUCGGUGAUCAUCGCAUCUUUGGCGGUUCUAUCGCACCUGGAUCACCUGCUGUUCAUAAUUAGGAACAUAGUCAGGCCGGAGAGCACGGUGGCAUCGAAGCCUCUCUACAUUCUGCUGCUCACCGACGCGACGAUCAUCGUGGCGAGAAUGUUGUCUGAGAGGCAGAAAGGUGGGAUGGAGGAGGUGGCCGCGGUGGAGGAAGAACCCGAGAAAGUAGUAGUGAAGGAAGAUGCACAUAACUCGUGGGAAUCCGCCGUGAAGCUUUUGGAGAGAGGUUUGGUGUUUUAUCAAGCUUUUCGUGCCAUCUUCAUUGAUUUUAGUGUUUAUGCUGUGGUUGUUAUUUGUGGCCUCUCUUUGCUGUAGCUUUACCUUAUGUGUCUUUGCUUUUGAUUUGAUCUCUAUUCAAGCAUCCUCAGUUCGUUGGAGCUUAGCAGAUGGAAUAUCCCAAUUUGAAAGAUUUUUGUUUUGAUUAUGUUUCUUUCUUUCAGAGGUACAUAUAUAUCACCAUUUAAUUUUGGUGUGGCUGCUUAUGGCCAAUCUUACAUAGUUAUAUCAUUCAUUUCAAAUGUUUAAAGCGUUU